AUGGAGAGCCGCAAGGACAUGGUUAUGUUUCUGGAUGGGGGCCAGCUUGGCACUUUGGUUGGCAAGAGGGUUUCCAGUUUGUCCGAAGCCGUGGGCAGCCCGCUGCCUGAGCCCCCCGAGAAAAUGGUGCCCCGGGGCUGCCUGAGCCCGCGGGCGGGCCCUGCAGCCGCCCGGGAACGCGGCGGGGGAGGCCUAGAGGAGGAGCCACUGGAGGGACUCGCAGGAGGCGCGGCGGGGCUGGGCUCCGAGCCGCGGGCAGCCGGGGCGGCCAUGCUUGGCCCGGGCCCCCCUGUCCCCUCCGCCGACAGCCUUUCUGGCCAGGGGCAGCCCAGUAGCUCGGACACUGAGUCGGAUUUCUAUGAAGAAAUCGAGGUGAGCUGCACCCCGGACUGCGCCACUGGAAACGCGGAGUAUCAGCACAGCAAAGGGCCCGGCUCGGAGGCAUCAGCCGGCAGUCCCAAUAGUACCAACGAGGUCCCCAAGAGCGGCAGCGCUGGUGGCGGCGGCGGUGGAGGAGUGGGAGGUGGUGGCGGCUCCCAAAGUUCCCUGGCCUGCAGCGCCAGUGAUCAGAUGCGCCGUUACCGCACCGCCUUCACCCGGGAGCAGAUCGCGCGACUGGAGAAGGAGUUCUAUCGGGAGAACUACGUCUCGAGGCCCCGACGCUGCGAGCUGGCGGCCGCCCUCAACCUGCCCGAAACCACCAUUAAGGUGUGGUUCCAGAACCGGCGUAUGAAGGACAAGCGGCAGCGUCUGGCCAUGACGUGGCCGCACCCGGCCGACCCCGCCUUCUACACGUACAUGAUGAGCCACGCGGCGGCCGCGGGCGGCCUGCCCUAUCCUUUCCCGUCGCACCUGCCGCUGCCCUACUACUCGCCCGUGGGCCUGGGCGCCGCUUCCGCUGCCUCGGCCGCCGCCUCGCCGUUCAGCGGCCCGCUGCGCCCGCUAGACACGUUUCGCGUGCUCUCGCAGCCCUACCCCCGGCCCGAACUGCUGUGCGCCUUCCGUCACCCGCCGCUGUAUCCCGGCCCAGCGCACGGACUAGGCGCGUCUGCCGGCGGCCCCUGCUCCUGCCUUGCUUGCCACAGCGGCCCCGCCAACGGGCUGGCCUCCCGGGCCGCCGCCGCUGCAGCUGCCGCCGCGGACUUCACCUGUGCCUCUACCUCCCGCUCGGACUCAUUUCUCACCUUCGCGCCCUCGGCGCUCAGCAAGGCCUCCUCCGUGGCACUGGACCAGAGGGAGGAGGUGCCUCUCACCAGAUAA